CGACUUGAGCUAUGAGACCCAUGGACCUGGUCGACUCCGAGCCAGCACCUGGCGUCCAAGAAGAAUUGAGUCGCUUCGGGAGGCGUUUGGUGCACACCGAAGGGUGCCAGCAGGCUCAGGAGUUGGAAAUCCACGAAAUGCGGCAUGUUGUGGACAAGGAGAACUGCACUGAGAUGAAGAAACCAUUCGAGGGUGACAUGAAGGGCGUCCUUGGCGCAGUCCCCACGGACUGCGACACCUGGUCGGACGGCUCCGAUGACUCCAAGGAGAAGUCUGAGUUGGAGAAGGAGACCACCUACGAGGAGGUUUGCACUGAGGUGAAGAAUCUUCAUCUCAGUGCAAAACUCCUCGUAGGAAGCGAUCUGAGGGUGACAUGAAGGGCUUCCUUUACUCCCGUGAGACAUCGGGGUCCACUGACUUCGAGCGCCUGAUCUCCGGCAACGACGAUGCCAAGGAGAAGUGGAGCGUCAAGCAUGAUCUCAUGGCCGCCUGCCAUGCCAUGACUGCAUCUCAGCCCGAGGUUGUGGCCAAGGUGAUCCCUCAAGUGGAGAUGUGUACAUUUCGAUGGCCAACAAAGGCGCACCACAAUCGGCGCGACCAAGCCGAUUGGUAUCACAUGAACAGGAUUGGGUGAGCGGUGCAACUCCCCAAACCUGCUCUAGUGAGCCUGUAGAUAUAGUGUACAUAGUACCCAUCGAUUGAUUUGCAGCGCCGCAGC